AUGGAGAUGACCAGGACGCCAUUCAUCGAGCUCGGCAAAAGUGCCUUCGGGGGCAAGACCGUUCGCUAUGGCAUCAGAACCGGAGGCUUCUAUCUCUGGCCCAACCUUGACGACAAAUCAAACGAGCGCGGUGUUCUCAAUAGAAGCGUCCUCGGCAUCAACCUCAAUGUGACCAUCGAGUACAGGAGCGCACAGCCACUUGGAACACCCCUCAGCCCUCGCCGCCGCCGCCGCGAGCAGCGCAGCUCCGGAGAAGACUCAGUAGAGAGCGCCCAGUCCGACGACAUCAAUCACGAGCAUGGCUUUGUCUUUGCCCAGAUUGGUGCCCUCUACUACUGUGCCGAUGACGAUUAUGACUCGGAUGAGGGAGGCCCAGACCGUACGGACCCCGAUUCAGAUGCCUUCGGCACCGGCCCUUGGUGGGCCGCGACUGGUUUUGGCGCCGUCGUCGAGGUCAAGCAUGACGGCACACCCGACGCCGUCUGGGUCGUGUACAACUUCUACAAGGCCCAUGAGGACAGUGCGCUCAUCAAGGGGGAGCAUGUUCCCACCUUGGACGACAACGACGCCCUCCUUCCCCAUAUCGGGCGCCUCUACAAGCGCUGCAACGAGCAGUUCACCGUGGCCAAGAUUGCCGAUAGCCUUGAAGACUUCAAGCAGCCACGAGAAGAGUUUCGAUUUGAGAUUGCGGCUCGAGACGAACGUCAGAUUGUCCACGCGAAGCUCGAUGGCGUGCACAGGCACAUUCAACGCCAGUAUAUCAACCGGUCUCAUCGCCACGCGGGUUGA